ACGAAACCAAAAUGCAGAGCUAGUGGCGGCUCAGCAUCUAGUGCUUGCCCCUCUCUCUCUUAGUAUAUAAUAACGGCACUCGCUGCUGUACCAAACAUUGAUUGAUCCGACUCAUAGAGGCGCUGCGGUUUUCUCUCUCACUUUGCAGCUUCAGGAGAACAUUUAACAUGUCUACUGCAACACUUCCCGCCGUUUCUCUCUUUGGAAGUGUGCCUCGAUGCCAAACCACCACAAGCGCCUCCAUGAAGAUCCCAUCCUCUUUGGGCUCAGUAAAGAGCACCUCAAGAAUCUUUGGCUUGAAGGCAAAGUCUGAUUUCAAAGCCACCGCCAUGGCCGUGUACAAGGUGAAACUGGUCGGACCAGACGGUGCUGAAACCGAGUUUGAGGCACCCGACGAUUGCUACAUCCUCGACUCCGCUGAGGCAGCCGGAGUCGAACUCCCAUACUCAUGCAGGGCUGGAGCAUGCUCCACCUGUGCUGGGAAAAAAGUGUCGGGGGUUGUCGACCAGUCCGAUGGCUCGUUUCUCGAUGACCAACAGAUGCAGGAUGGCUACCUGCUGACCUGCGUUUCCUACCCGACUUCAGACUGUGUGAUCCACACACACAAGGAGGGUGAUCUGUACUGAGAAUUACCACCUCUUUUUUUAAUCAAGACAUAAAAAAGAAGAAACUAUGUUUUCUGGCUGUAGGGUUGAAUAUGUGUAACCGUGCUUUGCUGAUCAAUUUCAGUUAGCAAAAUCUUGUACUGUUGUUUUUUUUGUUGUGUCCUAUGUUAAUGUUGGAAAUAGAGGAGGGAGUGUUAUUGUGCUUUAUUAA